ACAUGCUCAAUCGAGUCGUGACAUGUGAACCCCCGAAGUCGCCGCACGGCGAUCCGAUGCGUUGUGCCGAGGUGACGCGACCCCAGUUCCUAGCACCUCAAUGUAGCACAUCAUCCCGGCUCCGCUGGAGAGCAUCAUGCACGAUAGUCUUUGCCGCGUCUCUGGGCUGCGCACGCGACACUCAUCCCGGAAACAGUCUUGACCCGCGCCCUGAUAUAGUUGUCUCGGCUCCUGGAUGAGCUGAGACCUGCGACUGUCGCCCCACCGGGCACUACAGACGUUCGCCAUGGCCGACUCAGUAGAUCGAGUCUUUAGCCAUGCGCUCAACACAGUAAACAAGAUCCGCACGGGGUCGCAGAAGCCCCCCUCCACCACCCGGUUACGGCUGUAUGGGCUGUACAAGCAGGCCAUGGAGGGCGACGUUGACGGCAUCAUGGACCGCCCCGAGGGCAGCGGCGAGCAGGAGCUACGGGCACGGGAGAAGUGGGACGCUUGGAAACAGCAGAACAAUCUCUCUCGCACUGAGGCAAAGCGCCGCUACAUUACCACCCUGAUCGACACCAUGCACCAGUACGCUUCGCCGUCGCCCGACUCGCGUGAGCUCGUCGCCGAGCUCGAGUUCGUCUGGGACCAGGUCAAAUCCAACGUCCCCUCUUCGUCGUCGUCGUCGCCUCUCCAGACCAUUGACCAGGUAGGCACAGGCAUGUCGGCGUCGUACUCGGCCCUCGAACGCCAACGCGGCUCCAAGGAUCCGGACGAGUACUCCGACCAGAACGAGGACCAGCCCCUUCAAAUCAAGUCGCCCAUGUCGCAGAGCGAGGAAGAGCUGGAAGCUGAGGAAGCCGAGAUUGACCGCGACGAAUUCGUCGAUGCACCAGACUCGCAGUACGCACUGGAAGUCUACCGCCGUGGCGCAAUGGACCACAACCUCUCCGAAGCCAACACCCAACCGCCCUCCAAACCCCCUAAAUCCCGCCGCCAAACGCCAGCCUCCCGCCCCAUCUCUCGCCGUACCAUCGAACCCCCUGGCCCCGGCACACCCACUCCUCGCCCACGCAUGCGCCACAUCAUCCCGCAACCCAUCCCCCUCCCGCCCUCCUACAAUAACGCAAAGCCCGAUCCGGACCCCCCCUCCGCCGCAGACCUCAAGUGGCGCAAGCGCAUCGAAACCUCCCUCAUGAAAAUGACCGCCGAAGUCGCCGCGCUCCGCGAGCAGCUCGAGGCUCGCCGCCUGUUCCAGCACCGCGUGCACUACCGCUUUUUCCGCGCGCUGUGGCGUUUCGUAUGGGCUGGCGCCAAGCACGUUGCUGUUGAUCUGCUCGUGCUGGCGCUGCUACUGGCGUGGAUGCGCAGCAAGGGGGAUCGGAGGAUGGAGGGUGCGGUGCGGGUCUUGCUUGGAGAUGCGGUGGCGCAGAUCAAGGGCGGGCGGCUGACGGGCGUGGCGAUGCCCAAGGUGCCGGCGCUGCCAGCGCUGCCAGCGCUGCCGAAGCUACCGGGUCUGGGACGGAAAGGGUAGUGUGGACGCGAGGGGCUGUUUUCUAGCGCGGCGUUGCGGCUCGUGUUGUACUGUUGAUGUUUGGAUGUUGUGUUGUAUAUACGCCAACGCGAGCGCUGUUGUAUGAAUACAUACGUGCAUACAUACAUACAUAUACUCUCACGUCUCU